AUGAAUUUCUACCUGUCUUUAGCUUCCCUGUGUGUAGGGAUAGCAGCUGCUGCUCCACACCUGGACCCAACUUUGGAUGCUAAAUGGGAACAAUGGAAGUUACAGCACAGAAGGACCUAUGGAGGGAAGGAACAUAAUUGGAGGAGAGCAACAUGGGAGAAGAAUUUGAGAAUGAUUGAAAUGCACAAUCUGGAGUACAGUGCUGGCAAUCGUAGUUUCCGGCUGGAAAUGAACAAGUUUGGAGAUAUGACCAAUGAGGAAUUCAGACAAGUGAUGAAUGGCUUUACACAAAAGAGAUUUCAAGGGAAGACCAAAGGAACUCUGUUUCAUGAACCUCUCUUUGAACAGAUCCCUGAAUCUGUAGACUGGAGAGGUAAAGGCUAUGUAACUCCUGUUAAGAAUCAGGGUAGAUGUGCUUCUUGCUGGGCAUUUAGUGCAACUGGUUCCCUGGAAGGCCAGUGGUUCCGAAAGACAGGCAAACUUGUUUCACUUAGUGAACAGAACUUGGUUGACUGCUCUAGGGAUGAGGGAAAUGCAGGCUGUAAUGGUGGUUUUAUGGAUCUUGCCUUUGACUAUGUGAAGGAAAAUGGAGGCAUUGAUACAGAGGAAUCCUAUCCCUAUGAAGGAAAGGAUGACAAGUGUCUGUAUCAGCCAAAAUACUCCGUUGCUAGUGUCACUGGAUAUGUGGUCAUCCCAUCUGGACAGGAAAGUGCUCUGACAGAUGCUGUGGCAACUGUGGGGCCCAUCUCUGUUGCUAUCGAUGCAUCACAUAUAUCCUUCAUGUUCUAUGACUCUGGUAUUUAUUAUGAACCAGAUUGCAGUAGUGAAGAGCUAGAUCAUGGCAUGCUGGCUGUGGGCUAUGGCGUCGAUACAGAAAGUGGAAAGAAAUACUGGAUUGUCAAGAACAGCUGGGGUGAAGAUUGGGGUGACAAUGGGUACAUUUUCAUGGCUAGAGACCAGAAUAACAACUGUGGAAUAGCGACAGCAGCCAUCUAUCCGGAAGUAUGA